AUGCUACCAAGACAAUCGAGCGAAGAUGAUAGACCUUUGGGUCUCAAAUUCACUCGCACGAAUUUCUUCAACUUUCCUAAACGAGAGAAUACUACUAAUAACAGCAGCAGUAAUGAAACCAGCCUGAAUAGAGCUACAUCAACAGGUAGCAACAGCAGCAGCACGCACCAAUCUCCACUCAUGAUGAGAAAUUUCGAUGACCCUCAUCGCAAUCCACAGCAACAACAACAGCAACGCAACAGUAAUCAAUCUGGUUAUAGCCGUUCAUCGUCAUCUCCGACUCCUGUGCUCUCGCCCACACUACCUGCGAGAUCACCGUUUCGUAUACGAGACUCUCAGCAAGCCGCUGCUGCUGUUGCUGCUUCUGCUAUGGGUUCAAGAUCACAUGAAGCAAACAAUAAAUCAAGCUCGAGUCUAGAUGAACAACCUACUAUAUACUCCUCCAUAUCCUCUUCUUCAUCCUCUUCGGUGGCAACAGUGGAAGAUGAUCUCAGUCAGGAGCUCGAGAAUAUAUGGAAACUCAAGUCAAAUACACCACAACAACCUCAAAAAGAAGUGAAAGUAGACAUCAACUCUGAGGAUAUGCUGAUGCAGUUGCUUAUAUCACAUGCUGUCAUUGAUGCUCGAGAAUACAAGGUGUUGUCCUUUGAAGAAUACGAAACGUUGAAGCAGCACCAUGCGAGACUAAAGAAGCGUGUACAAAAUUCCAUUGCUAAAUUGGAGCUGGAUAAAAAGAUCCAAGAGACAUCACAUUCACUUUCCAACCUAUCAUUCAACAAAAACCGAGAAUCUGUCAUGUUGCUUCUUGACGAAGCUGUGGAAGCAGACAAAAAAGUAAAGAUAUUGACACAAAGACUCAAUGAAUUGCAAUCAGAAGAAGUAGAAACCCAAUACCAAAUAUUAAAACACACGGCUGGCGUCCUGUGUCUCGGUCUGCAAAAGCUGGAAAACACACACCAACUUACAUCGCCCAAGAUAUCGUCGCCUUUGAAGCCUACCAGUCCAAAGGAUCAGCUGCAUGAUUUGCAUUCUCAAUUAGAUACCAUCACGCAAACACUAAAAAAGAUGCUAUUAAAGUAUGAUGUGCACGCUGUUAUUGGCCCCCAUUUAUCUGCAAAUGCCCUUCUCAAUCAACUGGAGUCGCAAUUAAGCAACUACAAGACAGAAUCAAAGCAGCUUGAAUCCAAAUUAGCAUCUGCACAAGAGAAAUCUCGAUUGGAAUCCAUGUCAGAAAAAAAACUCGCUAUUCAACUGAAAGCAGCGCAUGAAAAGAAUAUGUCUGCCGAAGCAAAAGUAUCGCAACUACAACAAAAAAUCGACAAGAUGAUGACCAAAACCGCCUGGCUACCUCAAGAUGAUUUUGGUUUCGCAGAUGAUCGCAAUGGCCGCAUCGAGCAGCUCGAGUCAGAGCUAUCCAUCACCAAGGAAAGUCAGCAAAGGGUCGAAAGAGAGCUUGAGCUGGGCUAUGCUCAAAUUGCUGAACUGAAAGCUAAUGUUGCCAACAUGGAGCUCCAAGCAAGCAAGAUCAAGUCUCAAGCAACUGUAUUCCAAAACAAGGAACAAGAGCUUAAAUUGGAAGUGCAGCAGUAUCGAGAUGAAGUAACUCAAUUGCGUACAGACAAGGAAAAAUGGGAGCGAACUAUGAAGCGAAAAACAGUGAUGCAAGUCUUGAACAACGAAGGUCCAGCCCCUGGUGAGCUAGAAGCCAAGUACGAGCAGCAAUUGGAAGAACAAGAGCAAGAAUACCAAGCACAAUUGAAAGAGCAAGCUGCCUUUUUGGAUAAAACCACUCGUCAAUGCGAACACUUACAGCAGGAACAUGAUAAACUCUCAGCUACCUGUAAAGACCUCGAACUGCUUAUCAGGGAAAAGCAAAAGACGUUGGAUGCCCGAGAUGUGCAGAUCAACCAACUAGAGUCUGAGAUACAACAACAAAUGUCUAUCGCCAGAUCGCAUCCAAAGCAAGUGAACGGGAGCCCAGAAGCAUUACAGCAAUUGCAGGCCAUCUUCUCGGAAAAAGAAGCUGCGUGGAUCGAGCAAAGCGCUGCCAUGGAGGCUAAUUUUGAAGGCAUUUUGAAAGAAUUUGAUCGUUUGACUGGUACAGCGAUGGAAUUUGAAACUGAUAAAAUGAACUAUGAAAGACGCAUCGAGAGAUUAACGCAGGAAGUCAAGGACCUCGAAUCCAGUUUAGCUCAAGAAAAGACCAAGAACUUGGGCCAUGAAUCAGACACACCCACCACAGCAUCGCUUCGAAAAGAGUUCCGCAAGAUGAUCACUGACAUGAAGGCUGAUCAUCAGCGCACAUUGGACAGAGAAGCAGAAGAAAAGAGACGUUUAGAAAAGCAGCUGAAAGAUCUCAAGCAUGAGCGAGAAAUGUCUCGUUAUGAGCGCAUUAAUAAAGGUGUGCAAACCUUCUUUAUGGCUUAG